AUGCCUAUAAAAAUUGGAGAUCCUCCACAAGCAUUUAACGUUAUGCUUGAUACUGGGUCUGGAUAUCUUUGGAUUCCUGCUACAUCUUGUAGUAGAUGUAAAGGAAAAAAUAAAUAUGAUGCAUCAAAAGAUAAAAAAAGUGCAUGUAUUAGAACACCUCUUCACAAUCCUUAUAUUCCUCAUAUUCCUUGUAAAAUAAAAACUUCUGGUUAUAUUGGUGGUAGUGUAUCCAGAAAUUAUAAUUUAUCAGAUUUAAUUAUUGGAGGACUUAAAGUUACAAAUCAAUUAUUUAUAGCAGCAAAUAAUAUUAAUUUCCCUGAAUUAUCAUCUGCAUAUGAUGGCAUUUUUGGGUUAGGAUAUGGUCAACAAACUUUCAUUUCUUUAAAAAGCCAAGGUUUAAUUGAUUUUAUUCAAAUUGCUUUCAAAUUUGGAAGAGAUAGAGAAUCAAAAAGUCACAUAACAGUUGGUGAUAAUAAUCCAUCAUUAUUUGUGGGUAAAGUUACUUGGUCAAAUGCACUUGGACCUAAAAAUAUUCGUGCACUUAUUGAUUCUGGAUAUUCAUAUUCAUUUGCUGAUAAUAAUAUUGCUAAAAAUAUUUAUAAGAAAAUUCCUAAUUAUAAAGAUAUUGUUCGUAGUAAUGAUCAACUUAAUGGAUUAUGUGCAGGUGGUUUUCAAUCUGGUGGUCCUUCUGGUGCUUGGAUACUUGGUCUUACAUUUUUAAAAAAUGUAUAUAGUAUUUUUGAACAAUAUCAAAAUAGAAAUAGAUUUAGAGUUGGGUUUGCAUCUUUAAAUAUGAAUAGCGAAUAA